AUGGAGGCCGACGAUGUUCAGCGAGGAACGGCUGCGACAGUGAAUGACCAGCUUGGUCAUCGUUGUGUCGAGUGGUCGAUGGACGACGACCCGGACCGUGAACGUGAGCGCGACAGGGACUGGACCGACUUUGUCCGGCUGUGCAAGUUCUUUACGUUGCGCAUGGCACAGAUCGUCGUGCAGUCGCGACACGGCCGCCGGAUACGUACCGAGACCAGACAGGUGUCUUCGAACAGCGACUGGUUCAGUCUGAAAGUCAACGAUGUGCAGGAAGUGAACGACGUGGUAAAGGCAGCUCUGGCCGACCGCCAUCUG